GCCCACCCCGCUGUGUCUAAGCGGAGACCGCUCUAAGCAGCCGAAUAACUGCUCGGGCUCGCGGCUGCUUCACACCGAGGUGCUACAGCGCCAGCCAAGGGGGGCUCUGCCCUGCAGCAGGGACAGUGCCACGCGACCCCGCCCCUCCGCAGGGCCCAGCCCUGACACACCCUUCCCCGGGCCGCGAGUAGAACCAGCUGCACCCCCACCCACCCCGUGUGUGCCAUGCAGGAUCCAAAUGAAGAUACGGAAUGGAAUGACAUAUUAAGAGAUUUUGGAAUUCUACCUCCAAAAGAUGAGCCAAAAGAUGAAACUGAAGAAAUGGUUUUACGUUUACAGAAAGAAGCAGAGGUGAAACCAUAUGAAAGAAUGACUCUUAAAGAACUAAAUGAAGCUGAAGAUGACUUUGAUGAGGAUGAUAUGAAAGCUCUUGAAAUGUAUAGGCAACAACGGUUGCAAGAAUGGAAAAUUCUUCAGAAAAGACAAAAAUAUGGGGAUCUGAGAGAAAUUUCUGGUGAGCAAUAUGUGAAAGAAGUCACAAAUGCUCAGAAGGAUGUGUGGGUUGUAAUUCAUCUAUAUAGAUCAAGCAUCCCACUGUGCUUACUAGUUAACCAGCAUCUCAGCCUGCUAGCCAGAAAGUUUCCAGAAAUCAAGUUUAUCAAAGCCAUUGUGAACAGCUGUAUUCAAAACUACCAUGACAGAUGUUUACCCACAAUUUUUGUGUACAGAAAUGGUCAGAUAAAGGGCAGGUUCAUUGGAGUUACUGAAUGUGGAGGGACAAAUCUUAAACUAGAAGAGCUUGAAUGGAAGUUAGCACAAGUUGGAGCAAUAGAAACUGACUUAGAAGAAAGCCCCAAACAAAACAUUACCGAUAUGAUGAUGUCUUCAGUUCGAAGUGCUUCUAUUCAAGACACCAGCUGUGCUAGUAGGGACAAUGAUGAGACCAAAUGUUACUCACAUAGGAAUUUUUAAUGCUAGUACUCUGCACUGAUGUUUUUAUGUUUGGUCAACAUAUACAUGUUUAUUACUGGUUUCAUAAAUC